AUGGAGGCGGGGUCGGGGCCCCCGGGCGGCCCGGGAUCCGAGAGCCCCAAUCGGGCGGUGGAGUACCUGCUGGAGCUGAACAACAUCAUCGAGAGCCAGCAGCAGCUGCUGGAGACCCAGAGGCGGCGCAUCGAGGAGCUGGAGGGCCAGCUGGACCAGCUCACCCAGGAGAACCGCGACCUGAGGGAGGAGAGCCAGCUGCACCGUGGGGAGCUGCACAGGGACCCCCACGGCGCACGGGACAGCCCCGGCCGCGAGAGCCAGUACCAGAACCUGCGAGACACCCAGUUCCACCACCGCGAGCUGCGGGAGAGCCAGUUCCACCAGGCGGCCCGGGACGUGGGGUACCCGAACCGGGAAGGCGCCUACCAGAACCGGGAGGCGGUGUACCGGGACAAGGAGCGGGACGCCUCCUACCCGCUCCAGGACACUACCGGUUACUCAACCCGAGAGCGCGACGUGGCCCAGUGCCACCUGCACCACGAGAACCCAGCCCUGGGUCGCGAGCGGGGCGGGCGGGAGGUCGGGCCAGCGCACCCUGGCCGCGACAAGGAAGGCGGCUAUUCAGCGGCGGUGGGCGUGGGGCCUCGGCCACCUCGGGAGCGGGGCCAGCUGAGCCGUGGCGCAUCCAGGAGCUCCAGUCCUGGGACCGGCGGCGGCCACAGCACCAGUACCAGCACCAGCCCGGCCACAACCCUCCAGAGAAAAUCUGAUGGUGAGAAUUCCAGAACAGUCAGUGUGGAGGGUGAUGCCCCAGGCAGUGACCUGAGCACAGCGGUUGAUAGUCCUGGGAGCCAACCCCCCUACCGGCUGAGCCAGCUGCCCCCCAGCAGCAGCCAUAUGGGGGGUCCCCCUGCUGGGGUGGGCCUUCCCUGGGCUCAGCGGGCUCGCCUCCAGCCAGCCAGUGUUGCCCUGAGGAAGCAGGAGGAGGAGGAGAUUAAGCGCUCCAAGGCCCUCUCGGACAGCUACGAACUCUCCACGGACCUGCAGGACAAGAAGGUGGAAAUGCUGGAGAGGAAGUAUGGGGGCUCCUUCCUGAGCCGGAGGGCUGCCAGGACCAUCCAGACGGCCUUCCGCCAGUACCGCAUGAACAAGAACUUUGAGCGGCUCCGCAGCUCAGCUUCGGAAAGCCGCAUGUCCCGACGCAUCAUCCUUUCCAACAUGCGGAUGCAGUUUUCCUUUGAGGAAUACGAGAAAGCACAGAACCCCGCGUACUUCGAGGGCAAGCCUGCCUCGCUGGACGAGGGUGCCAUGGCCGGUGUCCGGAGCCACCGGCUUGACCGGGGGCUCCCAUAUGGAGGCUCCUGUGGAGGGGGCAUCGAUGGUGGGGGAAGCUCUGUCACCACAUCGGGAGAAUUUUCCAAUGACAUCACAGAGCUCGAGGACUCCUUCUCCAAACAGGUAAAGUCUUUGGCUGAAUCCAUCGACGAGGCCUUGAACUGCCACCCAUCGGGGCCCAUGUCUGAGGAGGCAGGGUCAGCCCAACUGGAGAAACGAGAGUCAAAGGAGCAGCAAGAGGACAGCUCAGCCACAUCCUUCAGUGACCUUCCCCUCUACUUGGAUGACCCAGUUCCCCCACCAUCCCCUGAACGACUGCCCAGCACAGAGCCCCCACCCCAGGGCCGGCCUGAGUUCUGGGCACCAGCCCCUCUCCCGCCAGUUCCUCCACCAGGGCCACCAGGGACCCGGGAAGAUGGUAGCCGUGAGGAAGGCCCUCGAAGGGGGCCUGGGUGCUUGGAGUGUCGGGAUUUCCGGCUGCGAGCUGCUCACCUUCCCCUGCUCACCAUUGAGCCUCCUAGUGACAGCUCUGUGGACCUGAGUGACCGCUCAGAUCGCGGCUCUGUCCACCGCCAGCUGGUGUAUGAGGCUGAUGGCUGUAGCCCCCAUGGGACCCUGAAGCACAAAGGGCCACCAGGCAGGGCCCCGAUCCCACAUCGCCACUACCCAGCCCCAGAGGGCCCAGCCCCAGCCCCACCAGGGCCCCUGCCACCAGCCCCCAACAGUGGCACUGGGCCCAGUGGUGUGGCUGGGGCUCGGAGGAUGGGGAAGUGCGAGGCAGCAGGCGAGAACUCUGAUGGUGGAGAUAAUGAGAGCCUUGAGAGCUCCAGCAAUUCCAACGAGACCAUCAACUGCAGCUCUGGCUCCUCUUCGAGGGACAGCCUGAGGGAGCCUCCAGCCACUGGCCUGUGCAAGCAGACUUACCAGCGAGAGACGAGGCACAGCUGGGACUCUCCAGCCUUCAACAAUGAUGUGGUGCAGAGGCGGCAUUACAGAAUCGGCCUCAACCUCUUCAAUAAGAAACCAGAGAAGGGUAUCCAGUAUCUGAUCGAGCGGGGCUUCCUGUCAGACACACCGGUGGGAGUGGCUCACUUCAUCCUGGAACGGAAAGGCCUCAGCCGGCAGAUGAUAGGGGAAUUCCUAGGGAACCGGCAGAAGCAGUUCAACAGAGACGUGUUGGACUGUGUAGUGGAUGAGAUGGAUUUCUCCUCCAUGGAUUUGGAUGAUGCACUCCGGAAGUUCCAGUCCCAUAUCCGGGUUCAGGGUGAGGCCCAGAAAGUGGAGCGACUCAUCGAAGCCUUCAGCCAGCGGUACUGUGUGUGUAACCCUGCCCUCGUGCGCCAGUUCCGGAACCCAGACACCAUCUUCAUCCUUGCUUUUGCCAUCAUCCUCCUCAAUACUGACAUGUACAGUCCCAGCGUCAAGGCUGAACGCAAGAUGAAGCUAGAUGACUUCAUCAAGAACCUGAGAGGGGUUGACAAUGGUGAAGACAUCCCUCGAGACCUCCUGGUGGGCAUCUACCAGCGAAUCCAGGGCCGUGAACUUCGGACCAAUGAUGACCAUGUGUCCCAGGUGCAAGCUGUGGAGCGCAUGAUUGUGGGCAAGAAGCCGGUCCUGUCUCUUCCUCACCGUCGACUGGUUUGCUGCUGCCAGCUCUAUGAGGUGCCAGAUCCAAACCGCCCCCAGAGGCUAGGGUUGCAUCAGAGGGAGGUCUUCCUCUUCAAUGACCUCCUCGUGGUCACCAAAAUUUUCCAGAAGAAGAAGAUCUUGGUGACGUACAGCUUCCGUCAGUCUUUUCCCCUAGUGGAAAUGCACAUGCAGCUCUUCCAGAAUUCAUAUUACCAGUUUGGAAUUAAGUUACUGUCUGCAGUACCUGGUGGGGAGCGAAAAGUCCUCAUCAUCUUCAACGCCCCCAGCCUCCAGGAUAGGCUGCGCUUCACGUCUGACUUGCGUGAGUCCAUCGCUGAGGUGCAGGAGAUGGAGAAAUACCGCGUGGAGUCGGAGCUAGAGAAGCAGAAAGGUAUGAUGCGGCCUAACGCUUCACAGCCCGGAGGGGCCAAGGACUCGGUGAAUGGCACGCUGGCCCGCAGCAGCCUGGAGGACACCUACGGAGCCGGUGAUGGGCUCAAAAGGGGCGCGCUCAGCAGUUCCCUGCGAGACCUCUCAGACGCAGGCAAGCCUCCUGGGCCCCUGCCCUAGCUGGGGAGACGUGGGACCCGGUGUCCUCUUUGCCUCCUUGCACUGACUGGCUGCCUUCCCUGCACCUGCCACACACGCAGCCCCCUGCCUUCAUCCAGAACCCGGGGUGCUGCACUGCAGGGGGCCCCCGGAGCCAGGUC